AUUUCCGGGAUAAACAAGGACGUUUGUUAAAUAACUACCCUUGCUAAUGCCGGUGUUCUGUCUCUACCCUUUACCUCCGCUUGGUCAGUCACUGUUUUGAAAUAUAUGACUACUAUUAUAAGUGUUAUUUAAGUAGACACCGUUAGAACCUCUUAGUUUAUGUAUGGCGGCCUCGGCUCACGUCUCCACAGUCCGGUGUCUCUACAAGAGGAUUCUGGUCCUGCAUCGGUUCCUGCCGAUAGACUUAAGAGCCCUCGGGGACCAGUACGUGAAGGACGAGUUCAGAAGACACAAAGGUGCUGCACCCGAAGAGGUGAAGGGCUUCAUGACGGAGUGGGAGAACUACAAGGACACCCUGCAGACCCAGGUUCUGGACUCGGCGGGGGAAGGAUACGGCUCGGUCAAGUUCGGUGCCAACCUGUCGGAGGGGAAACUCGGCAGCUUUCAGGACGACCAGAUAGGUCAACUGUACGAACUCAUGCUGGAGUCCUCCAAAUCCAGCAGACAGUUUGACAUCCAAGGUGACAGCAAGUGAAGCAGCAGGCCACAGAAACCAGAGGCUGGGACAAAAAAAACAGAUGGUGCUAUGAUGGAUUCAGACCAUUAACAUAUUACCUCUGAAUGCUUCAGAUGAGAAGUGGUACUCAAAGGCCGAGUAGAGGCAUUUAAGAAUAUUUGAUUAUAUUAAAGUGCUGUGUAAUAGCUCCGUGUUCCUGUGCUUGUCUGUAAAAGCGCUUCUUCGUGCUCCUCCACGGGUGCAUUAUGGUGGCACUAAUUAGUUUCGUCUGUCAAUUUUUUUUUUUUUUUUUUUUUGCAUGAAUACAAAUGGGAGUUUGUUUGUCUCGGUGGAUGCACCCAGAGCUCACAUCAGCGACGCUUCUUUCAGCCUCAACGCCGAUGUGGCCAUCUUCGGGGUGAAGCCACCAUUAUCCAUGUGGAAAUAUGAGCACAUGAAUUCAUGAGCUGGGGGUUUGGGGGGGUGUUAGAGCUAACUCAUGGUAGCUGACGCAUCGAGUUCAGACAUCACAAUGAUUUCUCAAGAAGAAGAAAAAAAGAUUCUUUGUCCUGGAUCCGUUCCAGAUAUAAUGCUCCUCUGAACCCUUCUUCUCUCUUCUCAUAGCCAUUGUUUCAAUUGUCCUUUCAAAUAUCUGGAGAAGAACUCAUGUCAGAUAUUUAGUAGUACUUAAAUUCUUUAUAAUGCUCUCACAGCCAGGGGGCAAACUCUGCUUCUGACAAGUGAAGUGAAGUGAAGUGCCCUAAAGCUGCAUUCUCUCUAAUGUCCAUCAGGGGGCGACUCUGGUUGCAUAGAAGUCUAUGAGAAAAUGACUCUACUUCUCUCUUGAUUUAUUCCCUCAGUAAACAUUGUAAACAUGAGUUUAUGGUCUUAAUCUCUAGUUUCAAGUCUUCUUCAAUACACCAUGAUGUUCAUUUAGUAAAUUAUAGUUAAUUUAGGGCUAUCUUGUGGCUGCUACCAACGGCCACUGCUGCUUCACCCAGUCCACAGACCAAUGGGUGAAGUCACUGACUAUAUUCACUUCUUAUAAACAGUCUAUGCCAUGGAUGCUGGGGGACAGUCAGAGUCGGGGUUGCUGAGAGAAAGUCUUUGUUAUGACAUCAUACUUAAUGCUGCUAAAUGACGUUCAUGUUUUUAUGCUUCUUUUUGAAUGGCCAGAAUCAUUUAUAUUUAUUAGCUGUCAACAUGUUACACUUAUAUGUGUGCAGCUUUUUGGGAUUAAAGCUGAGCAAAUGUAAAAGUCUUUGACUUAAAACUAUGCAAUUAUUUUUUACCCAUUAUUAUUAUUGGUAGUUAAAUAGUUAUUUUAAUAUUUACAUAUAUCACAACCUUUGUCUAAACAUUUCAAU